UGAGUAAUAUCUGUUUUGCAGUGUUUUUUAAAUAUUAUAUUGUUUGUGAACCUGAUCAAGUCCGAACAGAAAUUUGCAGAGUUGACGGUGAUGCAGCUGAAUGCAGGUGGAAGUGUUAGACCCAAGAAGAAGGUGUACCGCCAGCUAAAGGAAAGGUUAGAGCAGCAAAAGAGACUACUUGUGACAGGUGUCACAACCCCCCUGAUCUAUGGAGACAAUGUCUCACAUCUUGUCGGACUAUAAAUUGGAUGAUAUGUUUCAUAUAUUGUUUGACUUUGGAAGCUGUGUGAAAUAAAAUAUGAAUGUAAAAUGUUGCAAAUAUCUGUGUGAAAUAAAAUAUGAAUGUAAAAUGUUGCAAAUAUCUGUGUGAAAUAAAAGAUGAAUGUAAAACUUUUUUUUUGGUGUGUGUUUUAGUUAAUAUAACAUAUUUAUUGACUGUUGAAUGUGCUGCAAUUAAUACUUGAACCUGACAUUCUUAGGCUAGAUAUAGUUCAUGGUUGUACACCCCGGAUAGAAUUACACGGGGAAUAAAUUGGACCUGCAGGCUCAGUCAGGUGUAACCACUUAUCCCUUCUGUAAACAUCAAGCUGCUGGCAAAGUGAGGGUAAACCGUGGUGGCUACGUGUCACACUUUUAAUCCCCCUCGCAAAUGGGUGCCUUCAUUAGCAUACACAAUGAGUUUACUUCUUUUAUGCUUCUUUGUUUAAAUUAAUUCGAGUCUCCUUCCAAUAUCAAUUCAUUAGGUUAACUUUGUGAGCAAUGUUAAAUCCGAGGAACAACACAUGAAAGGAAAGCUUAUGUCAAUUCAUUCUUAGCCGUAGAUAUUAAUUAAACAAUAAACAUACAGUUUGACCAAUCAGAGCAAACUGUGCGUUCUACCUCGUCAACAUUUUGGGUAAUAUAAGAGCAGGACAGAGCUGUCGAAUCACUCUGCUCCUGUAAUAAACUUUGGAAGGCACAAGUUACUCAACGUUGCUUCUACUUUAAGUUGAAGAAGUGUCGUAAAGGCGUCCGAUGAUCUGGAGCAACAAUUUCCCUCCCGAUAUGUUUCCAACACUGAGUGUCCUUUGCGCUCUUUUGAUACUGUGCUUCCCGUGUACAGAUUCAAAGAAUGACCGAAACCCUUGUCCCGCCACACCUAACUGCCAACAGAAUGGUGUUGUUGUUUGUGAGGGAUGUGGACUCCCAACAUCUUUGGCGUGUCUUUAUGGCAGUAAUGGAUGCGACCUCCAUAGUGGCCAGAGAACUGAUUGUUUGAAUGGGGGCACAAAACAGACCUGUGCGUGCAAACCAGGCUAUAUGGGAGACAUCUGUCAACAUGACAUCCGCACAUGUCAUGACAUCUACAAUGUUGCACCGGGCACAGCUAGCGGCGAGUAUACUCUCAGGACUAACAAUGGCAGUACCAUCAGAGUUUGGUGCCGCUUCAGCAGCAGUGACAUUAUCACCUACUUUUCCAAAUCCGCUGCAGCCACAUUGACAACAGAGGAUUUAAGUCUCCACUUAAACACUAAGUCCAAAGUCAGCUUUGUUGCAAAGUGGAGCAACACGACACAAUCCGAAUCCACAAUCUCUCAGCUUGAUAGGUUUUUAUUCCUACCUCUUGGCAUCAUGGUCAAUGAAUAUACACUCUACACAAGCCCACACAACCCGAAUCUAGGUCCCUAUCUAUACCUGGGUUUUCAUCCCAAAGUCCUCCUUUCGAAAGGUUUCGUGCAUGGAUACAACGCAAAUGGAGUUGACCAGUCAUUCAGUAAUUGUGACGGAAACCCCAAUGCCUAUUUCACCUUCUAUACGAAUCCCAAUCAGCGUUCGCCUUCAAGGACAGGAUGGGUGAACCCUCAUCAUCCUUUGACGGAUCAGUGGAAUUCGGGUGCCAAAAUGUUAAGUACAACUGACCAUCUCAACGACGACUACUUCUACGACACGGAACUACACUUCGGGGGAUGUGGUACUUACGCCAUCUCUCCUAGUAAUCCAAGUCUCGGCGGUAUAGGUCUCGGGGUCGUAUAUGUUCACGGCUAAACACAAAGGCCCUACCCUUGGACUUUGGAAUUUAACGUUGUUGUCAAAUGCCUGCAACAACAGCAAGAAGGAGCGCCAUAGACCACGUGAUGAUUAUGCCUGUACACCUAUAACGUUAAUAAAUAGUAUGAAUUCAAA